GUCAAUUUUAACGAAAUGCAAUUAGGAGUAAACUUAAGUGGUACCGGGUGAACAUAUAAUAGAGUUUAGUGGUAUCCGACGCCCUAUUCAAAACUUAAGUGAUAUAUCUACCCCAAUUCUAAAACUUAAGUGGCAGCCAAAGUAGGGAUGGCAAUGGGUCGGGUUGGGGCGGGUUUUGUCAAACCCAAAUCCAAACCCAUGGGUUUAUCCGCCAAAAAAACCCGGGGUAAAACCCGUUGGGUUUGAAAAACUCAAACCCAACCCAACCCGCUAGGUAUCCGCGAGUUCAUGGGUACCCGUGGGUUUUUGUGGUAAAAUUUUACAAUAACAAGUUUCUUUCAAAAUAAAAGUUUAACAUCAAUUUUCUUAUACAAAAAACAUCAAUCUAGAGCAUACAAGCAAACCGCAAAUGAUCAAUACAAAUUGUUCAAAAUUAAAGAUAAACAUAUAUAAACAAUAAUAUUAAUUGAAACUUCUUCCUCAUCAACUAAGUUUCUUCACUCUCCACUUCAUAAUAUUAACUUCAUUCUAAACAAUUAGAACAUGUCUCCACAAACAUAUAGAAUAUUAGUUAUUUAAGGAAGAUAUAUUAUUUAGAAUAUUAAAUAUAUCGGAAAAGUAAUUAUAUGUGUGUUGGCGGGUACCCAUAGGGCGGGUUUACCUAAACCCAAACCCAACCCGACCCGGUGAAUAAUGUAACGGGUUUAAACCCGAACCCGACCCAAAACCCGUCAACACGGGUUUUACUCGCGUUGACCGGGUUGGGUCGGAUGGGUACUCGUGGGUUCGGGUUUUAUUGCCAUCCCUAAGCCAAAAUAUUAUACUCUUAUUUGUCCAAACAUAUAUUAUUGAAACCUGCAAAAUUAAAAGUUUAUCACAAUCUUCUACGAAGUGAAUAAUUUUGAUAAAAUGAUAAUUACCCCUAAACUUACUUUACUUGCCUAUCUGGUUCUAUUUCAUCUCUCGAACUUCUCUUGUUGAUAGGGAUGGCAAUGGGUUGGGUCGGGGGCGGAUAGUGCAUAUCCGUUACCCUACCCAAAGUAGGUCGGGUUUUAUCCAUACCCAUAGCCACAUGUGAAACGGGUAGAAAAUCAAAACCAUGCCCAUACCCGUUCGGGUUUCGGGUAUCCACGGUUAUCCAUGGGUAAUCAUUUCUCUUCAUAACUUCAACCAAUAUGUUAACAUUCACCCGAAUUUUCACAUUACGUAAGAGGAAAAGUACGACAAUAAUUCACUAGAAUGAAAAAAAUUAAUUAAAACAACACAAUUUCAUGAAAUAUUAUACUUAUAUGCUAAAUAUAAAUACAUAUGCAUUUGUAUUUAGAGAAAAUACAUAUGCAUUUGUAUAAUCAGGAGGAUUCGGGUUGGAUAGUGAGAAAUCCAUGUCCACCCAUUACCCACAAUAUUCGGGUUCGGGUUUUACCCGUACCCACUAAAUGUCUUUCGGGUUCGGGUUUUACCCUACCCGAUUAGGCCGGAUUCGGGUGGAUAUCAACGGUUACGAAUAUUUUUGUCAUCACUACUUGUUGACCUUUUCAGUUUUUUGUAGAAAAUUUUUUUAUAGAAGAAAGUUGAGCUGAAAAGCAAGGUUAACAUGGGGAGAGGGAGAAGGAUUGUUAUCCAAAUUGAAGCAAAGUAGCAAACAAUUGAUCAACGUUGCCGACGAGGGGCGUGCGCUACAGGGAACAGCACGAGCCAUUCCCCGGAAGGGCAGAAGAAUGGGCUUGCAGUUGCAAGGAGCGCACUGUGUUCCUUCCAUGGUAACCCCUGUUUACAGGCACAGUUCUCCUCGAAGGCCUCUCGGUAUCCCUUCUCUGUGCUUGGCUUGCAGCGUCAAACCCAGUUCCGACCAUCUCCGAUCUCAGCUUCACCAGCUCCGCUCCGAAGCCAACGCCGCCAGAGACGACGCCAAUAGUGCAAGGCUGCGGAUGAUGAGACUGUCAGAGGCAGCAGAGAACCUUAAACGACAGGCAGCUGUAAGUGUUCAGACCGGAAGGGAAAAUGAUGCAAGACAACUGCUUUUCCAGAAGAAGAAGGUUAUGCAGGCUAUUGAUAGAUCAAAGGGUCGCAUUGAAUUGCUUGAUGAGCUUUGUGCAAAGCUCAAUGAGGCUAUCUCUAAGAAAGAAACCCAGCUGAUUGGCAAUCUUGCCUCAGAUCUCGAAGUUGAUGGGGAAGAUGCUUCUGGUCCGGUUCGGGUUGUAUCUCCCAAAGCUGCUGAAGGGUUCCCCAAUGGUUUAGAUGAUGCCAAAGACCUAUCUUCCAAUAGCAUGGAUAUCUCCCAUAUGCACAAGCCCCAGUCUUGUGGCAAUGGGAACUUUAAGCUGGAAUAUCUUGAUGUGGGUAUCUCAAAUGAGAAUCUUGAAAACACAGGGUUAAGUGGCAUAUCUUCUUACUAUGACUUCUUGGAGCACAUAGAUACACAGCUUAGCAAGAUCGAAGCACAAUUAGUCACAGUCCUGAAUGUUUCUGCGUGGAUUCUGAUUAAAGAGAAGACACCUGAUAAUUCAGAAGUGAAGCAAACAGAAGAGCUUUUGUCCAGCAUUCGUGUUAUUCGACAGCAAGUUGCAGAGAUGAUGGAAGGUAAGGUGGAAAUCUGAGUCCCCACUAAGCUUUCAUUCUCCCUUGCUAGCAUGGAAGAGAAAUUCAGCAGUCUACUUGAUCAGCAAUCAAACUCUGAAUAUUAAUCAUCUACUGCUCUCAAAUACGGAACGACAGCAAAUCCCAGAUCACUGUAAAGAAAUAGCGGAGACAGAGAAAAUGGCUUGGCAGAGCUGUUGUUGAGCAAUGGAGAGCUUGCUUGGUGAGAUUUGAGAAGAUUACCAAGUUCGGAGACAGCAGGAGAGCAAUUAAGUAGACAAGUGAAAUUUGUAUGAUCUCCACUGUUCCUCUACAAAGUAGAUGAUCCAAUAAUUAGUCCUCUGGAAGUCAAAGCUUGGUGUCAAGAUUACCAUGAUGGGCAGCUGGAGGAGAGCCUAACAAAGAACGCAUGGAUGUACCUUCUCGAUUUACAUGAUCUUGUUAAUACCAUGUAAAUGUCGAAAGCUUGUUUUCCGUUGGCAGCAUAAUUUUGGCUGUUGAGUAGUUUCAUUUGCUUUCCAUUGAACUUGUAAGACAAAGAUUAUGGAAAGUUCUGAAGUGCCAGGAUAUGAGGACAACCUUUUGGGCCAAAACCUUUCCACUUCCUUUACAAGACUCGACUAUGAAAUGAGGACUGAUGUGAAGAUCAUCCAAGUCUGGAGUCCAGAUCAAGCUCAUCAUGCCAUAUUGCUAUUUGUUUUCAUAACCACUAGUGAAAGUAUUUAUUAUAGUAAAAUAUUUCAUCGACU